AUAGAGAUGGCCAAAGAGCACAUGUAUUCAUGUGAUGUGGAGAGGCCCUUCUUCCUCCUUCCCUUCCCCGCCAAUGUGAAGAAACCACACUCAUAACAAUAAGACCAAUUUCAACAUUUUUUUCUCUUUUAAAUAAAUAAAUAAAGUUGGAGAAAUCUCAUUCCAUAUCUGUACUUUCUUCUUUUUCUCUUCAAAAUCAUUUGCUGCUCAUAAACCCAAGUUAAACGAAAAGUAAAGAAAACGGACCAACUUUAAACCCCACAUUUGAUCAUUCAUAUCUGGGUGUAAUUUUCAUCAAAUUUUGCGAAUUCAGACUUUUCGGCACAAUUUUCAACAAAAAUACUGUAUUGGGUAUUGUUUAUUUUGAGUUUUUGAUCAAAUUCGGUGCUCUGAGUUGGUGAUUUCACUCUUGAUUGAUGGUGGGUUCAGCUUAGAUUGUCCAGUUUUCGGGGUGAUAUUUUUACCUGGGGCGGAAAAUGCGGAGACGGGCAAUCGGCCGCCCGGUUCGAAGACGGAUUUCGAAUUGGAUCUGGGCACUUCUUGGAUUGUUCUUCUUUGCUGGAAUUUUUUUGUUUGUUGUUCAACAUAAUCAUCAUUAUCAGGAUCUUGUCUCACAGCCGACAGUGGAAAAAGAUGAUGUAGUAGAGCCUAUUCGGGAGCGACUAAACUUUACCGACCAGUUAUUAAGCUCAAAUUCAGUUGCAAGGCAAUUAGCUGAUCAAAUGACCCUUGCCAAGGCGUAUGUUAUCAUUGCAAAAGAGCACAACAACCUUCAGCUUGCUUGGGAACUCAGCUCAAGGAUCCGAAGCUGCCAGCUUCUGCUUUCAAAAGCUGCUAUGAAAGGAGAGGCUAUAUCACUUGAUGAAGCAGAACCAAUAAUUAAAAGCCUGUCAUCUCUCAUCUUCAAGUCACAGGAUGCACACUACGACAUAGCUACCACAAUAAUGACUAUGAAAUCUCACAUCCAAGCACUCGAGGAGCGUGCACAUGCAGCAACUGUUCAGAGUACAAUUUUCGGGCAGCUGGCUGCUGAAUCUUUACCAAAGAGCCUACAUUGCUUGAACAUCAAACUGAUGGCUGAUUGGUUGAAGAAGCCACCUCUACAGCCACUAGCAGAGGAGAACAAGAACUUUCCUCGUCUUGUGGACAACAAUCUGUAUCAUUUCUGCAUAUUUUCUGAUAAUUUGCUUGGCGUCUCAGUGGUUGUCAACUCUACCGUCUCCAAUGCUGACCAUCCAAAGCAGCUAGUCUUCCAUAUAGUUACAAAUGGUAUCACGUAUGGUGCUAUGCAGACUUGGUUUCUUAAUAAUGACUUCAAAGGUGCAACCAUAGAGGUUCAGAACAUCAAAGAGUUCACUUGGCUAAAUUCUUCUUACUCUCCUGUCCUCAGACAGCUGCUUGACCCUGAUUCACGGGCCUACUACUUUGAUGGGUCACAAGAUUUUGGGGUUGAAACUAAGUUUAGGAACCCAAAAUACCUUUCAUUAUUAAACCACCUUCGAUUCUACGUACCUGACAUAUACCCCCAUCUGGAGAAAGUAGUUUUUCUUGAUGAUGAUGUAGUUGUCCAGAAGGAUCUGACACCACUCUUCUCAUUGGACUUGCAUGGAAACGUGAAUGGAGCUGUCGAAACCUGCCUUGAAGCUUUUCAUCGGUACUAUAAAUAUCUCAAUUUUUCAAAUUCAAUAAUCAGCUCGAAAUUUGAUCCUCAGGCUUGUGGAUGGGCAUUUGGCAUGAACGUGUUCGACUUGAUUGCAUGGAAAAAAGCAAAUGUGACUACGCGCUAUCACUACUGGAUGGAGCAAAAUUUUGACCGAUCAUUGUGGAAGCUAGGUACUCUCCCUCCUGGACUUCUCAGUUUCUAUGGAUUGACAGAACCACUUGAUCGAAGAUGGCAUGUACUUGGAUUAGGAUAUGAUCCAAACAUCGAUAACCGUCUGAUAGAGAGUGCAGCUGUUGUUCACUUCAAUGGGAACAUGAAGCCAUGGCUAAAAUUGGCCAUUAACCGGUAUAAACCUUUGUGGGAUCGUUAUGUGAACCAGAGCAGUACAUACCUUCAGGAGUGUGUCACAGGUUGAUUAGCAGAUACUUUGUUUUCUUUUUUCUUGGACGUUUUGCUGGUAAUCUCUGUAGCCUGCACAACUCAACCGAUUGUAGAGUCAGAAACAGGAUUUUUGUCUUCAUUAGGAUCUUUUAUUGGUACACUUUAGUUCCUCAGAUAUAUGUUUUCUAAUAGAGGAAGUUGGUUUUACUGAUACAGGGGGGCCACAAAUUGUACUGGGGGAAAAAUUGGUGCUGGUUAUUCUUUUUUGGCUGGUGGUGAAUCUUAAUUUUUUGGCCUUUGAUAUAGUUAGUAGAUUCUUAUUGAAUUUUGUAGCAAUGUGUAAUAAAUUCAUAGCAAUUUUGGUUUCAA